AUGGCGCCCCCAAAGAGAGAUAAAGACAGAGGAGGCGUGGAGGACCAGGCCUGGGAGCGGACGGAGGAGGCUGCGACAGUUGAGACGUCGGCGGGACAGAGCGGUGCUGGAGAGAAGCUGCAGGACAGGCUCGGGGAUAUCAGCUAUCGCCAGAGCAAAAACUUGAAGAGGGUUUUUGGCCAAUCAGGAGGGAGAAGUGUGCAGGGUCAGUGGUGUGCGUGGCUGUCCCCUGGGGAGCUGAUGUCUUCCAAAGCUCCAGCAUGUCUGCGAGGAGAGGGGGCUCUGUGGGGGGCUCAGCCAGUCAGAGGUGUUCAGCAGAGCUUAAAUGGCCUGUUGGUGAGUGCUUCUGUGACUGACCACCCUUAA